UUGACUUUGUGCUCUCUUACAUCCCAGGCUCCAAAAACACAAAACCCGACGCCUUGUCACGCCAAUUUCAAACCAUUGAACCUAAGGAAGAACCCGCGCCGAUUCUUCCUCAAACCCGCUUCCUGGCCUCCGUGGAAUGGGAGAUAGAGCGCAAAGUAAAGGAUUCCCAUGCUGAGCACCCAGAUCCUCGAGCCGGUCCCCAGUCUAACCUGUUUGUGCCCCAGAGUCUCCGUUCCCAGGUCUUGGAGUGGGCUCACUCAUCCCGGCUGUUCUGCCACCCCGGCAUCCGUAGGACAUUGGCUGUCCUACGCCAGCGGUUCUGGUGGCCAUCCAUGCCAGAAGAUACUAGAUCCUAUGUCCUAGCCUGUACAGUAUGUGCGCGCAGCAAAACGUCCACCAAGCCCAGCUCUGGACUCCUUCGCCCACUACCUGUCCCAAGCCGACCCUGGUCCCACAUAGCCCUGGAUUUCGUCACCGGUUUGCCCCCCUCCAAAGAUAUAGUCUCCGACAGGGGGCCCCAGUUUACUUCUCAGGUCUGGAGGGCUUUCUGUGCGGCGCUAGGCGUGGGAGUGAGCCUCUCCUCCGGUUACCACCCACAGACAAAUGGCCAGUGUGAGCGUGCAAACCAGCAACUCGAGGCGGCCCUCCGGUGCACCACUCAAGCUCACCCCAACACUUGGAGUGACCAGUUGCCCUGGAUUGAAUACGCGCACAACGUCCUGCCGAAUGCCUCAUCGGGAAAGUGAGAUAGCCGUCCCGUCUGUCCAAGGCCACAUCGACCGUUGCUCCAGAGUCUGGGAACAAGCGCGCGCCGCUCUCCUCCGCGCCUCUGAGAGGUCCCGUACCCAGUCCGAUCGUCGCCGCUCGCCCGCACCGAUUUACACUGUCGGCCAAAAGGUGUGGCUCUCUUCCAAGUCCUUGCCCUUGAAGACAGGGUCUGUGAAGCUCACCCCCCGGUUCGUUGGGCCCUUUGAGAUCACGAAGGUGGUAAACCCCAACGCAGUGCGUCUCCGGCUCCCUGCACAUUACCGGGUCCACCCCACGUUCCAUGUCUCCCUCGUGAAACCGGUCUCCACUAGUCCCUUGGCCCCCCCUGUUCCGCCCCCUCCGCCGCCUCUGUCGGUCGACGGGGGUCCAGCCUUCCGGGUGGAGCGGCUUCUGGAUGUCCGCCGCCGUGGCCGUGGGCUCCAGUACCUAGUUGACUGGGAGGGCUAUGGCCCGGAGGAGCGGUCCUGGAUCCCUGCCCGGUGGGUGCUGUCGCGGGCGCUCAUCCGGGACUUCCACCGUGCCCAUCCUGGGCGUCUCCGUCGGGCGCCUGGUGUCGCCCGUAGGGGGGGGGGUCCUGUUAGGUCCUCUUCCCCCUCCUUCUGAGACAUGCCCACCUCCAGCAGGUGUGCAUGUUUUUAGCUGAUUGCAGGUCAGACGAGUGGAGCGGCCACAGCUGAGAGCAAUGAACAUCAGCCAGCUUUAAAAGCCCAGCAGACGCUCCACCUCGUCGCCCGAUCAACUCGUCUGGUUUCGCCGUCCUGUUCUCUGCGCGCUCCUUGUCGGAUUCUACGCCUGCCUCCUUCCGAGCUUCCACGCCUGCCUCCUUCCGAGCUCCCACGUCAGCUCCCCUGCUCCGCUCCCAGCAAUCUACACCCAAGACAGCCUUGUGACCUACAAUAAACGAUUGCUCAUUUUUUACCACUGUGUGUCCACUCUGGGAUCCCCUAUUGCUCUCGCACCUUA